AUGGAAGAGGGGAGCAGAGUAAAGGAAGUACAGCAACUCCCAGGCACCACCUUUCUAUUAAUCCUGCUCUCACUGGAAAUCGGAGCAAAAUCCAUCAGAAAAAGACACGUGCGCAGAGAUUGGCUGAUUAUACCGGACACCAUUGCCUUCUGCAUCUACGGGUCUGUGAAUGAUCUGUAUCUGCCGGCAGGGAAGCUGCUCAUGGACAUAUUUGAAACCCCAGUGGUACAAAACACAAGAAGUUUCAUCAUUGAUGUGACAUCACAACUGACGCUAAAAGGGGAGGAGCUUCAAAGCAAAAUUGCUGAUUUUUGGAAGGAGAUUUCCGCGAGUCAGAACUGAUCCAUAAACGGAGCUGGAAAUGACAUUAAAAAGGCUAAUAAAUGAAAUUUGUUAAA